AUGCUGUUGGCCACUCCUUUUUUUCUGCUCCUUGGGCUUGCUCAGGGAGCACCCUCGCCAGCCGGAGGCGGAACAUCAAGCACGCCAGUUCCGUCGACGCUGGGAUUUGUCUGGCGAGGCGAAACGGGCAGAACUCCCGACGACGUUCGACGAGAGGGCGGCAUAUGGGCACGAGGCUUUCAGCUCGGUGGUCUAACAGCCGAGCAGCUGGAAGCAGGUAGCAGCCUCUACGCGCAUGUCAAUGGCGGAACUAGAGAGCACACUCAGUAUGUUUCAACCACUUCGUCGCUCCAGGCUGCCAUCAACUUUGCCGUUCGACCUUCACCGGAACACGCCCACGAGCCAGGUUUCCUAUAUCGCAUUCGCACUAACUGGGCCAUGGUGGACGUCAACUUGUCUCUGGAGAACAUCGCUCCCUUUCCGUGGCAGCACGAGCAUGCCGUCGUACAGGGAAUUCCAUGGAACCAAAUCAUGGGCUGGUAUCGCAUUACUACUGCCGACGUGAACCGAAUUUUAAGCGCAGACGAUCCCGUCAGUGAGAUGGGCCCGUUCACGCGGAAUCCCGAUUUCCAUCCUGACGCAACGUACCCCAGUGGUGCCCAGCCGCAGCUUGCAGGACUUCAACUUCCCGUGGAAGGACGUCAUGGAGCGUGGGAGGCUUUCGUGGGCCAGUCUGCAACGGAACAUCUGAGGGCUUUCAUCAGCAAUCACCAUCCCCAGGCAGACACGACAACGCUGAGGACGAUUGACUGGUCUCCCAUCCGCAUUCCUGACCAUUUGCGGGCAACUAUAGCCCAAGGUACUGCGAGCUCGGCUCAGUGUGCCCUAGCGGCGGCGGCGAUCAUCGUAUCCUUCAGGCGACAUGACGAGCUCAAGAGGUCCAUCCCAGGAGGCCAGCUCACUGCCCGCGAGGAGACUGGAAACCCGGGCUAUGAUAGCUGUGCUAGGCUCGCUGCCGUGGCAAAGGCCAAGAUAGAUGAUGAAAAGCCCACCGUCAAGAUUUGCGACAGUCCAAGCUCCGGUGGGCAAUGCACUGACCUGGAAGCACCGGCCGAGAAGUGUGUUCCUCUUCCUUUUGAAUGGAAUGACAAGGCCUCUACGGUGCGUCCGAGUGUUGCCGCUGGCGUUUGCAAAUUCUUCAGGGACUAUGGCUGUGUUGCCGACGCUUUCGAAGUUGCGUAUCCGGGUAACGAUAACUUGGGCGAGUUCAGUGACGGCCACUUCAACGAUAUGAUCAGCUCCUUCCGCUGCGAAGGUGCCGGCGCCGGGGAGGAGACUCAAAUCGAAAGACCGCCGACUGAAUCCCGGGAAAUAUCCGGUGUCCACGUUUGCGAAAGCGAUCGUUUCAGCCCGUCGUGUAGACGAUUUCCGGUCUCCAACGGGGAUUGCGCCAACCUUCCUGAACCAUGGGAUAGCAAGGCGACUUCGAUUCGACCAGAAAAAGACGCGGGGGCCUGCAAAUUCUACCGUCAACACGGUUGCAAUGGCGACGAUUUUGAGACUUCUUUUCCAGGCGUCGAUCUCUUCAGCGACAAGAAGCUGGAAUCAUUCAACGACCAAGUCAAGUCCUUUCGUUGCGACUCGUCGGGAAAGAAGCCCGAGAAUGAGUGUGAACAGGGCCGGGAACCUGUCAAAUGCACGCCCAGUCUUCAAUCUCCCGUUGCUCCGCCAGACGAGGGGCUUUACAUUCGAGGUUGCUGUGCAAAAUCCGUCCAGACCGAAGAGGAAUGCUGCCGCUCUCAACUACAAUGGCUAGAUAUUCGGACCCAGUCUCAGCCCUAUAUUGCUCCCGACUCUUGGUAUAAAGGCUGCGCCAUCGGAAAACUGAUGGUCAAUGUGCAACUAGCCAAUAUCGAUUGGGCCGGGACCGACGAUCGACUGUUCCUCGAAAUCGGGCACAGCUCGAAAUGGGACGGUGGACAGCCUCACUAUCUGCUCAAGGCAUCGCCUGACAAGGGGGACAAGAUGACAAAGGAGAUCAACCUUGAAGAUGCGUUUGAUAAGAGCCCAGUUACUCCUGGCGAUAUCGAUUACGUGAGACUUGCCGAUCGUGUGGACAACGGGGGGGUGGGCACCGACGAACUCAAGCUCCAAGGCAUGUAA